UAAUUUUACGUAUUUAAAUGCUCUGCUAUUUUCCACCAAUUAACAUGUUAUAAAGUCAUUCCUGUUUUCUAUUGUAUGUUCACAAAUUAAAAAAACAUUUUGCCCAUAGAUAAAAUUAUCCGGGAUAUUUUCGUAUCGGUAUCUGUUCUGCGUCUCCUCGUUCCCCUUCUGUGAUGUUUUAGUUUUUUAAGAGUCGUUACCAGGAUGUUACCAAAGUUUGACAACUAUUUUGACUUGGAUACCGAUACAGAAAUUUUUCUAAGCUAUAAAAAAAUGCCUCUUUGCGUAUUUUAUACCAAUGUACCAGGCACAAAUGUACCUAAAGACUUUGAAGUUGAACUUUGUAAAGUUCUUGCUGAAGUGCUAUCAAAGCCUAUUGAGAAAGUUACUGUCAAUGUUUUCACCGAUCAAAGGAUGGUGCGUGGAGGAUCCUCUGAACCUACAUGUUGGAUGAAUCUGUGGUCUAUAAAUGUCUUUAGUGCUGAAAAUAACCCAUUAUAUGCUUCAAAAUUAUAUCCUUUUAUAUCUGAAGCUUUAGGAAUUAAAAAUGACAAAAUUGUACUUCUAUUCCAUGAUAUCAAAGCAGAACAAUUAGGAAAGCCUUCCUAAUGUAAUUUAUUCAUAUAUUUACUACUGAUGUAUAUCCAGCUUCUGUUUUUACUAUAUAAUGACAGAUUAUCCUAUUAUACUUCUACACUUUUUAAAGGUUUCACUUCGUUAAAUUUUUAUUUUUUGUAACAUUUGAAUCUUAAAUGUGAAUGUUUUAUCGAUUAAAAACAGCCUCUUUUUAAUACGCUUUAACUGUUGUAAUUCAACAGUAGAUUAGAAAACACUUUGUAGGAGAAUAAUUCAAGUUACUAUUGUUAAACUGAUCUGCCUUAAGACAUUUUUAUAUUCUGUGUGACAACUUGCAGAAAACUUAGCAACAUAAUCUCAUUUCUUAUCUUUCCAGUGUUGAAUAUUACAGAGAGAAUUUUAUCUAUUAAUUUGUUAAAAAUAGAAAAUUUAAUUGAUGUUUAUAAAAUUUAGAAAUUAAAUAAUCGAAUGUAACUGAGUUAUUAAACAUUUUAUAAAUUUAAUAGAAAUGUAUUGCUUACUGUAAUUGUUCAAAUUGUUAUAUACAUUUAGAAUCUGAUAAACAUUUUCAGAUACUUUAAAUCUUAAGAAUACUAUAUAUUUUUACACUGUUAAAUAAACUUUGGUUUCUUUUUAUAUCAUAUGUUACUUUUUUCAUCACAAUUUUUGAUGUUUAGAGUAAAAUCUGCUUUUUUAGUUAUUUCAAAAUGUCUUAGCAUUUUCUUUUACACACACUGGAUUUAAUAUUUUAACGCUACAAUCAGAGUUAGUUUGCCUUUCAACAUUGCAAGAUGCAAGUUAUUCAUUCCUGUAACCUUUUUAUUUAUUGCAGACACUUAUACUUUUUUUGCGCCAUUUAUUUUGAUAUAAUAACAUGUCAGAGAUAGAUUUUUAAAUUUAUAUUAAGUUAAUAUCUAUCAUUUAUAAUUUAUUUGUGAACAAAUAUUUAAUUUAUGAUAUGAAUGCCUUAUUCUCAUGCUUAAUCUGCCAUAUAUGUAAUGAAACAAGUGUAAGUUUUGUUUUAAAACUUAUGUAGAAACUUUUAUAAUAUAUUCAUACUAUGCAAUAAUAUUCUGGUCAAUGUGAAAUAUGAUCUACUUAUUGGUUAUUUUGUUUCUUUUCUAAUUUUUCUUGAUUAAUAUGUAGGUUAUACUAGAUUAUUUUGUAGACUACAUUAUUUUGAUUAAAAAAAAUAGCUGAACACUUAACUUUAAUUGUUUUUGUUAAUCAUUUUGCCUACCAUUUAAAUUCAGAAAUUAAAAAUGGUGCUAUCUCUACCAGUUUUACCUAUUAGGCUCCUAUUUUUUCUUUUUAAAAAGUUUUAAAAAAGGCAUCAUAAGCUGUAUAGAUUUAUUUUGUUUUUGUUUUAAAAUUUUCAAAAAUGGUAGCCUAUAUCAAGCCUCGGGUUGUUAAUAAAGCCUUAUUUAUUUUCAAAUCCAACCUGGAAGUAAUUUUUUGCAGUGUCUAGUUAAAAAGUUUUAAGUAAUUUACAUCAUAUAGUGCAAUAUUUUCUCAUUCACAUACAUAAAUUGUUAUUUCCAUAAUGUUAUAUCACUGCUAUAAUAACCUUCUUUAGCCAUGAUAUAUAAUUUUAAUAUGCAAUUAUACUAAUUAUCAUGAGUAACAUGUUAUUUUUGGAACAGUUUGGAAAAUGUCUCAAAAAUCAAUUAAUUUCAUCUAGUCAUGAUUUAUUUUGACUGCCAUCAUAAAACAUUUUUUCAUAGGUAAAAUUAAUUUUUGAACAGUGCUAAUUUUUGAACUAUAGCUGUUAUGUUUAAUGAUAAUCCUUUCUAUCCAUAAUAUAUUAAUAUAGUUACUUUGUUGCCUUCACUUUAUAAGUUGGAAGUUAAGCUGAAACUAUUUAUAUUUAAUGUGAAUUUGUUAUUUUGUUUUAUCUAAUUUGUAUCUAGUCAUUUAAGAAACUGUUUCAUACUAAUAAAUGUCAAGUAAAGUUUAACUAUAAUUAUUUGUUUAUCUGACAAACGUAUUUUGUACUUUAACAAAAUGAGAAAAAUUAGCUUUCAAAUGAACAAAAUAAUUUUAGUAUAAUUUUAUCCAAUUAGAUUUAUAAUACCCUCCAUAUGUGUUGUGGCAAUAUUAUAUAAUUUUAUUGUAUGUUUAAAUAUUUCAAAUGCUGCCAUUUGAAUGUUCCUUAUGUACAGCGAUGUUUUACUGCUAAUAAAUUUUAUAUUCAUAUUAUAUAAA